GUGCGGCUCCUCCUCUUUCUCCCCUCCUCCUCCUCCUCCUCCUCCUCGCUGGCUGCCGCUGCUGCCAUCGCGCCGGUCGUCGGCUCGGCGUCCGCCUCUGCGAUCCGGCCCGGCCCCACGUGCUUCGGGCCGAAAUCGAUAGUAAGGGGAUCCUUAUGCAGCAACACGUGAAAUGAACAAAGCUCCACAGCCCUCCGGAGGAACCCCGUCAGCCCCACACCCCUCCCCUUCUCCCGGACUUCCACAGCAGUCAGCAUUUCCUCCUGGCCAGGCGGCACCUGUGGUUUUUAACCCAGCGCAAGCUACCCAAAUGAAUACGCCUUCUCAGCCUCGACCGCAUUUCUACCAGAGCAGGGCCCAGCCACCGACCAGUGCUUCCCGGGUGCAGAGUAACACGUCGGCUCGGCCUGGCCCACCCACUCAUGUUUAUCCAGCUGCUUCCCAGGUCAUGAUGAUCCCUUCACAGAUCUCCUAUCCUGCUUCGCAAGGUGCCUACUACAUCCCUGGACAGGGUCGCAACACGUACGUCGUUCCGACACAGCAGUAUCCUGUCCAACCUGGUGCCCCCAGCUUCUACCCCGGAGGCAACACCCCAGAGUAUGGCCCUUUUGCUGGUGCAUAUUAUCCUGCGCAGAACGUGCAACAAUUCCCAACUUCCCAAGUCAUGAUGAAUCCUCAACCACCGGUCCCGCCAAAGCGAGAGCGCAAGACAAUCCGAAUACGAGAUCCAAAUCAGGGUGGCAAAGAUAUCACAGAGGAAAUAAUGUCUGGCGCUAGAACUUCUUCUACCCCAACUCCUCCUCAGGCCGGAAGCGGUUCAGAGCCACAGGCCAACGGGGAGACACCUCACGUAGCAGUUAUUGUCCGCCAAGAUGACCGUUCCAAGACCGGCCCAGUAGUAAGUAAACCGGUAUCCUUGGAGACUAGUAAAUCGGCUUCCCCAUCUCCCCCUCCGCCCCUGACUGAGGUGGAGCCUGUGCAGCCGGCCACUGUGACGCUGGUGCGCCCAGAGAGCCCAGUUGCUGUGGACACUAGAGAGGAGCUGCUGGAGGUCCCUGAAGACAUCCUCGAGCCCGUUAGCACCACCACUACAGUGCCAGGGGGGCUUGUGCCCCCUCCGGAGUCCUUCGUUUUGGACACAGAACCUCAGGAAGAGGUCGCUGCUAGCCCUGUUUUGGAGAUUCCUUCCCAGCCACCCCCAGAAACACAGGUGGAGGAAGAGGUGGUAGCGGAAGAGACAGUGGUGACCCAACAGGAGGCUUUUCAACCCGAGGAGCCUCCCUUAGCGCUGCCGUGCGCCCCUCCCGAUCCUUCUCCGCCGCUGGAGGAAGUGGCGGCUGAAGCGGGAGAGGCCAUUGAGUCAAAUGGGGUCUUAGAGGAGGAGCCGCUGGAGGCGAUGCCCGAGGUGCCCCCGUGCGAGCCAGAACCGGCCAUAGAAUCCCCCAUUGCUCAGCCGGAAGAGCAGGCAAUACCUGCAGGACUUGAGACCCCAGAGAAGCAAGAGGCCGAAGAGCCAGAGGAAGAGCCUGAGUCGGAUAUCAGCCCCAUCUCUGAACCCGAAGAGGUCAAGCCCGAGGAGGUGAUUAUCCCAGUGGCCGCGCCUGCUGUAGAAGAGGAGACGGAGCCAGAGGAGGAAGUGGAGGAGGCAGUCGAGGUCCCGGAGCAAAGUGCGGAACCAGUGGUUGCGCCCUUGGAGAUCACGGAGACCACAGAAGGGACGACGCAAGUAGCCGUAUCGGUGCCAAAGAGGAAGCGAAAGAUGAAGGAUCUGAACAAGAAGGAAGCCGUAGGAGAUUUGUUGGAUGCGUUCAAAGAGGUCAGUGAGGGGGCCUCUGAGACGGAGAACAACCCCCCAGCGCCAGCCCCAGAGCCUGAGGAACCUGUCCCAGCUCGUUCCCAGGAGGAACCUGAGGAGACCUGGGAGCAGAAGGAGGAUAAGCUGGAUCCCGAGAAGGUCAAGCAAGCGGAUCAAAAGUACCGCUACAAGGAAGGUGAGCCAGAGCAGUGGAAGCCCUUGAACCCAGAAGAAAAGAAAAGAUACGACCGGGAAUUCCUGCUGGGGUUUCAGUUCAUGUUCGCGAGCAUGCAAAAGCCGGAAGGGUUGCCCCAUAUCAGCGACGUGGUCUUGGAAAAGGUGAAUAAGAUGCCCCUGCGUCCCCUGGACCCUGUCCGUUUGAGCACGAUGAACUGUGGACCGGACUUCACGCCCUCUUUUGCCAAUCUGGGCCGUCCAACCCCAUCCAACCGUGGGCCGCCGGCUGGGCCAGGACAACGGCGUUCCCAGCAAAGCCUGCGGAAGGAACCCCGGAAGAUUAUUGCCACGGUGUCUCUGAAUGAAGACGUCAAGUUGAACAAGGCUGAGAAGGCUUGGAAGCCCAGCAGCAAGCGGGCCAGUGAAGUAGAAGACCCUGAGAAUAUAAAAACUCAGGAGCUGUUCCGACGUGUGCGCAGCAUUCUCAACAAGUUGACGCCCCAGAUGUUCCAGCAGCUGAUGAAGCAGGUCACCGAGCUGUCCAUUGACACGGAAGAACGUCUCAAGGGCGUCAUUGACCUCAUCUUCGAGAAGGCCAUCUCUGAGCCAAACUUCUCCGUUGCCUAUGCCAACAUGUGCCGUUGCCUUAUGGGGCUGAAAGUCCCCACUACUGAUAAACCUUCCACCGUGGUGAAUUUUCGCAAGGUACUCUUGAAUCGCUGCCAGAAAGAGUUUGAGAAAGACAAGGAUGAUGAUGAGAUUUUUGAGAAGAAGCAGAAGGAGAUGGAUGAAGCGGCUACUCCUGAAGAGAAAACGCGCCUAAAAGAGGAGCUGGAUGACGCGAGGGACAAAGCCCGCCGUCGCUCGCUUGGCAACAUCAAGUUCAUUGGGGAACUCUUCAAGCUGAAGAUGCUGACGGAGGCCAUCAUGCACGACUGCGUGGUGAAGCUGCUGAAGAACCACGACGAGGAAUCCCUGGAGUGUCUGUGUCGGUUGCUCACGACCAUCGGCAAGGACCUGGACUUUGAGAAGGCCAAGCCUCGAAUGGAUCAGUACUUCAACCAGAUGGAGAAAAUAAUUAAGGAGAAGAAAACAUCCUCGCGGAUCCGGUUCAUGCUGCAGGAUGUGAUUGACCUCAGGCGGAACAGUUGGGUGCCAAGGAGAGGGGACCAGGGGCCUAAGACCAUUGACCAGAUUCACAAGGAAGCCGAGAUGGAGGAGCACCGGGAGCACAUUAAAGUGCAACAGCUGAUGUCCAAGCAGGACAAGCGGAGGGGGCCUCCGGGCCCAUCAUCUGCAGGGGGACGAGGAAACUUAGUAUCGGAUGACGGUUGGAACACCGUUCCCAUUAGCAAAGGUAACCGGCCUCUUGACCCCAGCAGGUUAACCAAGAUCACUAAGCCUAGUUCAAUUGACACUAACAGCCAGCUCUUUGCACCUGGUGGACGACUGAGCUGGGGAAAAGGCAGCAGUGGCGGUUCGGGUGCCAAACCUGCUGAACCAGCUGCCGACACCAACCGUCCAGCCACGAGUACUUUGAAUCGUUUUUCAGCCUUACAACAGACGGCUCCUGCAGAGAGCCAAGAUGUUCGGCGUGUGGUUCAAAGAAGCAGCAGCAGCCGCGACCGCUCCGAAAAAGGCAGCGAGCGAAGUGAGAGGGUAGAGCGGGCGGAGCGAGGCGACCGCAUGGAGCGGAGCGAGAGGGUAGAGCGGGCGGAGAGAAACCGAACCCCAGUCACCAAGCGCAGCUUCAGCAAAGAAAUGGACGACCGGAGCCGGGAGCGCGAACGGCAAGGAGUCCUUGAAACGGUGCGCAAAGUGGCUAGCAUGACGGAAGAGCGUGACCGAAGCAGGGAACCUGCCAAGCGCGAGCCAGUGGCUCCCGAACCGCCCGCCAAACCUGCCUUAUCUGAGGAAGAGCUGGAGAAGAAAGCCAAGGCCAUCACUGAGGAAUACCUACACAUCAAUGAUAUGAAGGAAGCCCUGCAGUGUGUACAGGAACUGGGCUGCCCCACUCAGCUCUACAUCUUUGUCCGGAAUGGCAUCGAGUCCACGUUAGAGCGAAGCACCAUCGCUCGCGAGCACAUGGGGCUGCUACUCUACCACUUGGUCAAGGCAGGCUACCUCUCCAAGGAGCAGUACUAUAAAGGACUUCAAGAGAUCCUGGAGAUCGGGGAAGACAUGGAGAUUGAUAUACCCCAUAUAUGGCUGUACUUGGCAGAGAUUAUCACCCCCAUUUUAAGAGAAGGCGGGAUUCCCAUGGAGGAGCUCUUCAGGGAGAUCGCCAAGCCCCUAGUCCCUAUUGGCAAAGCCACAACUCUAUUGGUGGAGAUCCUGGGCCUACUUUGCAAAGGAAUGAGCCACAAGAAGGCAGGAACAUUAUGGAGAGAAGGUGGACUGAGUUGGAAAGAGUUCCUGCCGGAGAACCAGGAUAUCAAUAAGUUCAUCACAGAACAGAAAGUCGAAUAUACCAUGGGCGACAGCUCGGAUGCUCCCAGUCGGAAGGAGCUCACCUCUGAAGAACUCUGCAGACAACUAGAUAAACUAUUAAAAGAAAAUGCCAAUAACCAAAGAAUAUACGAUUGGAUUGAGGUAAACCUGAGUGAACAGCAGGUCUCCUCCAGUAUGUUUAUCAGGGCCCUGAUGAUGUCAGUAUGCCAUUCCGCCGUAGUCUUCGAGAAUCCUUACCGGAUGGACAAUCUUGUGAUUAACAGCCGAGCCAAGCUGCUGCAGAAAUACUUGAGUGAUGAAGAUAAGGAGCUCCAGGCCCUUUACGCUUUACAAGCCCUGGUGGUGAAGUUGGACCAGCCAGCAAAUCUCCUCCGAAUGUUCUUCGAUGCCUUGUACGACGAGGACGUCAUUAAAGAGGACGCCUUCUACAAGUGGGAGUCGAGCAAGGACCCAGCCGAGCAGCUAGGGAAAGGCGUCGCCCUCAAGUCGGUCACAGCCUUCUACACUUGGUUGCGCGAAGCUGAUGACGAAUCCGACAACAACAAUUGAGCAGCCCGCAAGAGGGGGAGGGCGGCCGGGGGGGGGGGGGGGGCGCAGACCGAACCUGCCCCGCUGCUGCUGCUGCUGCUCUGUGGCCCCCUCCUUGGAGCCUGGACUCCCUUGGGGCGUUUGGCGUGGGGGGGGGGAGAAACGAGGCGGCGCAGGGCUGACCUCUGCCACUUUUUUUUUUUCUCUCCUCCCGCCCGCCCUCAUAAGACUACUUCUUUUUUCUUUUUUUUUUUUCCUUUUUCCCCCCCCCCCCCCUUUUUAUUUUUUUGGUUGGGAUUUUUUUUUUCUCUCUCUCUUUUUUUUUUCCGUUUUAACAGCCUGUAUUGGUUUGUGUCUGAUGAUAAUAAAUUGAUGCUCAAGGAGGUAGGUGUUGCUGUGGGCGCUCCGCUCAGACCCCCCCACCCCCCCCCCCCUCUCUCUCUCUGGGCACCUGCCCUGAAUGAUUUUCCUGAGCGGGGGGGACGGGGACGAACCCCCCACAAUUCUUCUGGUGCAAAGCACCCCCGAAACACAUGUCUUUUGGAUGGAAAAUGGGGGCGGGUAGCCAACCCAAUGCCUACGCUCCUGCCAUCUCUCUCUCUCUUUCUCUCUCUCUCUCUCUCUCUCUCUCUCUCUCUCUCUCUCUUGCUCCCUCCUUCUCCCCCCCCCCCUCUCUCUCUCCUCCCUCAACCCUCCCUUUUCUCCACUUUAUGGCUGAAAUAUAGAGAUUAUAUAAAUAUAUAUAUAAAAUAUAAAUAUAGACUUAUUAAAUCUUUUUUGAGGUUGGAGAAUAGAACUCUUUAAACUGGCCGCAAAUGGCUCUUCCCCCUCUAUCCCCUCCCCCCCCCCCGAUCCUCUCAUAUGGUCACCCACUUUUAUUUGGAGGGGGGGAGCAUGACCGCCUGGAAUUAACAUAAACAACAACCCCCCCCCAAAAAACCCCAAACCAGAAUGGACGUUUCUUUGGAAAUCCAUUUUUGCAAGCGGAACAGAAAAACACUUCAAACCUUCACCGUUGCUGCUUGGGGAGCGGCCGGCGUCUCACUGGCCAAGAGGUGAGGGUGGCUCUGAGCUUCCCUGAACCUUCCCCUUCCCCCCCUUCUCCCUUUUUCCACAAGCUCACCACCACGGCUGCCUUGGCCUUCGCGGGCCAACCUCACCCCUUCGCGCCCUUGCCGUCUCGCCCUGCGGCCCCGCCUCCGAGCGCACGGAAAGGGGGGGGGCGCGAUGGCCGCGACCCGCUUUGUUCUGCACUUGGAUAGUUAACGGAGCUGCUGCGCGCUUGUAACGGAAAGGAAAACAAACAAAAAGCAAACGACAACGAAACCACAAACGAAACAAACUUUAUAAACCAAACAAAAAAUGGAUACAAUUACCGUUCACGCGAAUUUGUAAAUAUUUUUUUUUUUCCUCCUUUUUCUUUCUUUUUUUUUUCCUUUUUUUUUGGUUUUUUUUUUUUUCUUUCUUUACGGAGUAUUUAAUUGAAGAUUCAAAAAAAAAAAAGCAUCUUUUCACCGUAAACUGGAAAUAAUAAUAAUAAUAAUAAUAACAAUAAUAAUAAAAAAAGAACAUUGCUUAAAAACCAAGGUGAUGUGUGGGUGAUGUCGCAUUCCCCGCCCGAUCGGGGCAGGAAUUUUGGGAGCGAAAAAACACAGCAGCGUCUCGUAUCACCCAGCCUGCCAAAACAAAAAGAGCGAGAGAGAGAGAGAGAGGAAGGGGAGGAGGCUCGGAAGUUGCCCCUGUGUUCGAGCUGCUCGAUACGGAACAAUUUGGCAUGUCGUUCGAAGCCUUUUGAAACAGAACUUUGGAAAAAGAAAUAAAAGGGGACAGGAGAAAGAAUAGGCCUGAAGAAAUUCCACGGCGAAGAGGAAAGAGGCUACGUAGAAAGGAAGGUUAUUGUAAGUUCGGCGGUGCUUAUGAUUACAUGCGGCCAUGGCUGAUUUUGAUGGGACGUGAAAAAUAAAGUCUUUGGACAGGUU